AGAGCGCCGUGUUGGCUUCCGGGAAGCAAAGAUGGCGCUGGGUCCGUGCUGCACUGUUCCUGUCCUUGAGCCCAGGCCCUGAGGUGAGGCUGAGAAGUGGCGCGGAGGUGAGCCCAGAGCUGUCCCUGAGGUGAGGCUGAGAAUAAGUGCAAGGCAGAGGUGCUGCUGAGGAAGGAGAGCCCCGUGGUGGGGAACAGGCGAAGGUGCCCAUCCCGAGAAGGUGCUGUGUCCAUCCCCUGUGUGCCAGGAUUUGUCCUUCCCAAAGCUUGGGCGGAUGGAGGAGGAGGCUGCGAGGAAGAGGAAGAUGCCUUGGGCCCCCCAGGCAGGCCCCGAGCUGAGGACGGAGAGCCCGGAGGACAAAUCCCCCCGUGAGACCCUGGUGGGAGAGGCCGUUUUGAAGGGCUCCCCGGCGCAGGAAGGCAGCGGGGAGGAAAAGGGCCGGAGAUCCCCCCGCAGGAGGGGCUCCAAAGCCAGCCCAGGGUGCUCUGAGGAGGAAAGAGCCAGCCUGUGCCAGGAAGGCGGCCGGAGCUUGAGGCGGAGCUCUGAGCUGGUGGUCCCUGAGCAGCCUCCCAGCAGAGAAAAGCCCUUCAGAUGCUUGGAAUGUGGAAAGAGCUUCAGGCAGAGCUGUGACCUCCUCAAGCACCAGCACAUCCACACUGGGGAACGACCCUACUCAUGUGGGGAAUGUGGGAAGAGCUUCAGGGACAGCUCCACCCUCCGCACCCACCAACGCAUCCACACUGGAGAACGGCCCUACAAGUGUGGGGAGUGUGGGAAGAGGUGUCGGACCAGCUCAGAUCUCGUCGUGCACCAGCGGACGCACACGGAUGAGAGGCCCUUCCGCUGCACCGACUGUGGGAAGGCCUUCAAGCAGAACUCUCACCUUGUCACCCACCGGCGCAUCCACACCGGGGAGAGGCCCUACAAGUGUGGGGAGUGUGGGAAGAGCUUUAGCCACAGCUCCCACCUGAUCCGGCACAAGCACAUCCACACAGAAGAACAGCUCGAAGAAGGGGAUUUGUCCUUCCCAAAGCUUGGGCGGAUGGAGGAGGAGGCUGCGAGGAAGAGGAAGAUGCCUUGGGCCCCCCAGGCAGGCCCCGAGCUGAGGACAGAGAGCCCGGAGGACAAAUCCCCCCGUGAGACCCUGGUGGGAGAGGCCGUUUUGAAGGGCUCCCCGGCGCAGGAAGGCAGCGGGGAGGAAAAGGGCCGGAGAUCCCCCCGCAGGAGGGGCUCCAAAGCCAUCCCAGGGUGCUCUGAGGAGGAAAGAACCAGCCUGUGCCAGGAAGGCGGCUGGAGCUUGAGCCAGAGCUCUGACCUGGUGGUCCCUGAGCAGCCUCCCAGCAGAGAGAAGCCCUUCAGGUGCUUGGAAUGUGGGAAGAGCUUCAGUCAGAGCUCUCACGUGCUCCGACACCAGGACAUGCACACUGGGGCACGUCCCUACACGUGUGGAGAAUGUGGGAAGAGCUUCAGCCAGAACUACCACCUCCGCACCCACCAGCGCAUCCACAGUGGGGAACGGCCCUACAAGUGUGAGGAAUGUGGGAAGAGCUUCAGCCGGAGGUACCACCUCUGCACCCACCAGCGCAUCCACAGUGGGGAACGGCCGUACACAUGUGAGGAAUGUGGGAAGAGCUUCAACCGGAGCUUUCACCUUCGUUCCCACCAGCACAUCCACACUGGAGAAUGUCCUUACACGUGUAGGGAAUGUGGGAAGAGCUUCAGUCACAGCUCCACCCUCCGCAAACACCAUCGCAUCCACACUGGGGAACGGCCCUACAAGUGCUUGGAAUGUGGGAAGAGGUUUCCAACCAGGGGGAAUCUCUACACGCAUGAGCGGACGCACACGGAUGAGAGGCCCUUCUGCUGCACCGACUGCGGGAAACGGUUCAAGGAGAAAUCCCAUCUUGUCACCCACCGACGCAUCCACACCGGGGAGAGGCCCUACAAGUGUGGGGAGUGUGGGAAGAGAUUCACCCAGAUUGGUGUCUUGACCAAACACCAACGGACCCACCAGUAA